AUGACUCCACACCCUGCUACAUACUCUCCCGUCAACAGAAGCUUCCAGCCCCAACAGAGUAAAAAAGCAGAAGAUGCCGGGAUGCAAGGGCCGCAGGCCCCUGCCGGGUCCGAGGUGGAACGUGAUAAUGAAUACGACGACGGAUCUGUUAAUGCAGAUGAUGUUUGCGACAAUGGAUCUGUUUGUAAAGAUGAUGAAUGCGACAAUGAAUCUGUUUAUACAGAUGAUAAAUACGACGAUGAAUCUGUUUAUACAGAUGAUGAAUACGACGAUGAAUCUGUUUAUACAGAUGAUGAAUGCGACAAUGAAUCUGUUUAUACAGAUGAUGAAUAUGAUGAAUGUGACGAUGGAUCUGUUUAUACAGAUGAUGAAUGUGACGAUGGAUCUGUUAAUGCAGAUGAUGAAUGUGACGAUGGAUCUGUUAAUACAGAUGAUGAAUACGACGAUGGAUCUGUUAAUACAGAUGAUGAAUACGACGAUGGAUCUGUUAAUGCAGAUGAUGAAUACGACGAUGGAUCUGUUAAUGCAGAUGAUGAAUACGACGAUGGAUCUGUUAAUGCAGAUGAUGAAUGUGACGAUGAAUCUGUUAAUACAGAUGAUGAAUACGACGAUGGAUCUGUUAAUACAGAUGAUGAAUACGACGAUGGAUCUGUUAAUACAGAUGAUGAAUACGACGAUGGAUCUGUUAAUGCAGAUGAUGAAUACGACGAUGGAUCUGUUAAUGCAGAUGAUGAAUACGACGAUGGAUCUGUUAAUGCAGAUGAUGAAUGCGACGAUGGAUCUGUUUAUACAGAUGAUGAAUUCGAUAAUGAAUCUGUUUAUACAGAUGAUGAAUUCGAUAAUGAAUCUGUUUAUACAGAUAAGCCUAAACUCUUUGACAGGGAAGCAGCAGACGGCCAGGAGUACACGACCACGAGCAUGAUCUCCAUACAGCGCAGCGUCUCAUCGUCUCCACACUGGACCCACGCUUGA